AUGUCAGAGUCAAAUGCUCAAUCUGACUUACUAGAAGAGUCAUCAAAAAAAUUACAAGUUGGAUUAGAAAAACUUGCAUCAUGGGAAGGUGAAAUGCACAAGGCAGAAAUUGAAUCAGAUAUUAUAAGAAUUAAAAAAGCUCAACCAUUAUACUACAAAAGAAGAGAAAUACUAAAAGAAAUUGAAAAAUUUUGGUACAUAAUACUAGCAGAAAAUGAUGAUUUUGUUGAUUAUAUAAGUCCUGAUGAUUUAAAAUAUUUAGAAUAUAUCGAUGAUGUUUAUGUAAACUAUCCAAUUGUUGAUGAAACGAAAACUGAUAAAUUAAAUCCUAGAAAUUUUAAUAUAACGAUUGGAUUCGGUGAAAAUCCGUACUUACCAAAGCAAUCCAUCACAAAAGAGUUUAAGAUUGUGAUAGACGAAAAUGGAGAAGAAAGUCUAAAGUCAACACCAGUUUCAAUUCAAUGGCCACAAGAAUUGAAAAAAAUUAAUCCUCAAUUGUUGAAAGAAAAUUCAAAAGGUAAGCAAAUGUCCAGUGAAGAUAAGAAAAAGUAUAGACUAGGUAUGAAGUCAAUUUUUUCAUGGUUUUCAUGGACUGGUUCAAAACCUGGUAAAGAAUUUAGAAAUGGUGAAGAUUUAGCUAAUUUAAUAGCGAAUGAUUUAUUUGUAAACGCGUUGAAGUAUUAUACAAUUGCUUUGUCUUUAAGUGAUGAUCAAGAGGAUGACGAGGAGGAUACUUCAGAAGGAGAAGAAUUGGAUUUAAGUGAUCUUGAAGAUCUUGAAAACGGCAACAAUAAAAGAUCACUAGAAGAAGUUAAGGAAGAAGUAAUAACCAAAAAACGAAAAUAA